UAUCAAACAUUGCAGCAAAUUCCAUUUUCUGACCAAAUCAACCAGUUCCGACCAAUCAAAAUCCUCAUCUCUGACAUCUCUAUGUACUGAGAAAAUGACGAAGCUUAAACCCUCACCCAAUCUCCCAAACCCCCUCCUCCUCAACAGGUUCUUCUCGUUUCACUCUCCAAUGGAAACCAACCUCAACGACUUCAUCAAUCUCAAACUGGUUGAACCCAAAUUGAUGGAACCCUCUUUCUUCUCGGACGAAGGCUUUCGCUUCCAAGAACAUCUGCAAUUUCAAGGACUCAACACCUUCGUCUCUCUCAACGCCAACUACCUGAUCGAACUCAUCAAGGUUUUCUACUGCAAUUUGAAGUUGGUGGAUGGUGAUCUUGUCACCGAAGUGAAGGGAACACCCAUCAGGAUCACUCCCUCUGACUGGCUCACAGUGACUGGGUUGCGCCACGAAGGGGUCACAUUCAGCACUACUUCAGAGAUUUCAAACUGGAAGGGGUAUGAUAGGACCAUCGCUGUUAAGGGAAUGCUGAAGGACCCAUCAGUGGUUCCUGCUUCUAAAAUCAUGGCUGGGAAGUUAACUGUGGAGGAUAGGAUGCUGCAUUAUGUUUUUGCUUGGAUUCUGAUUCCGAGGGGAAGCAACUAUGCUCAGUUGCGGGAGGAGGAUGUGUUUGUGAUGUGGUUGAUGAAGCAGAGACUUCUGAUCAACUGGCCCUGUUACAUGUCUAACCACAUGAUGAAGGUCAAGAACCGCCACAUGAAGGACCUGCCUUAUGCUUUUCUCAUCACCAAGUUUUUGGAACAUUUCCAAAUUGAUACAACAAGUGAGGCUGAGGUGGUGCCCAAGGGGUUCAACAAGUUUGCGCGGGGAGCUAUGAACCACAUGAAGCUCAAGAGAGUUAAUGGAGUUUGGGUCACCACUGGUGAUCCGGCUGCGGCGGCCGGGGAUCUGGUCCAAGCAGCUAGGGAAGAUGAGGCUCAUGACAUGGAUGCUGAGGAGACACAGCAUCCACUUUCACCUGCUGCUCCUGAUGAGGCCCAUGGCAUUGAUGUUGAGGAGACACAGCAUCCACCUGCACCUGCUGCUCCGGAUGACCGGUUUGAUUUGCUGAUUGCACAAAUGCAGGACUUGAAAAAAUUUGUAGGCGAACGCUUUGAUCAUCUUGAUUCCACUAUGGCAUCCCUGGAUGCACGUCUGAAGGUUCUUGAGAAUCGCAAACGCUUGGACAAUCUUGCUUCCUUCAGUGUCUCUGGAUGCACGUAUAAAGGCUCUUGAGGAUCGUAUUCUCAAUGCAAAUUAGUUUUAGGUUUCAUUGAGAGCUUUGGUUGGUUCUGCAGUUAGAAGCCCCAUAAUCAUUUCUAUGCAGAAAUCACAAAAUAUAGCUUUUAGGUUGUCGUGGUUUGAAUUGUGUGCUUACCACUAAUCCAUUCUAUCCACGUUAUGAAACUUUUUUGGUUUGUAUUUAUUUAGUUUGAGCAUUUUGUGGUUAGUUAGUAAUUGCUACUUAGUAGUUGGUUGUCUCUAUUUUGAAUCUUAUUGGACAAAUUUGGUGGUUGAUACAAUAUUUAUGAAUAAAAGUGCAAAUGUUAAUUCCUUGAA